AUGGACAGGCCGGAUGACAAUUUGCAAUUAUUGGGUCGAAUCAGGAAUCUUUGGGAGCAGAACAUGUCGCGGCCCAAGAUGACCCUACUGCUUCAAGAAGAGGGCUUUCAGGUCACCCAAAAAGCCGUUACAAAGCUGUGUAGUACCAACGGCUUACGGAUGCACAACAGAACCAAGUCCAGGUCUAGCCAAGGUUACGGUUCGCGGUCAUCUUAUUCUAGUACCACUCUUCUAGGACAUGAAGCCAUGCCGCCUCCUCGAGCUGCUUCCGCACGGUCAAAUCACUCCGAUCAACCAGAACUUGCACGCGGUACGAGUUCAGCCACUGGGACGAGACGAAACGGGAUCAAAAAGACCGCUGCUAGAGCUGGGGCCCGGCAACCUAGCCUAUAUGACGAACUAUCGACACACAGUGACUAUUUGGAGUCGCAGCAGAAGUUGGACACAAUCUGCCAGAAUGUCGCAAAAUCAAAGCGUUUCGAAGACUCCAAGAUGACCCAACUGGAGGUCAAGAACACCUUGGGACUAAAUCCUGAAGAAGUUUGGGAUGUACGAGAUGCUUUGAGCGCCUUGCUGAGAAAUCACGGCUUUGAUAAUAAGUUCAAUGCGACACCUACGCUUGAUGAGUGGAAGAACUUGAUGUUAUUCUGGGGUGAACGAUGCCCUAAAAUCAGCAAUGCUCUAGGCGUAACACGACUCAAUUUGGAUGGCACAAACGGUGAUGAAGGAGACACUUCGAAGAUAAAAAGGGCGUUGUAUGUUUUGUCACGGGACGUUUUGAAGAGGCUGCGCGAUGAUCGCCCAUCUCGACAGGCGAAAAAGCAGCCACCUGAGUCGAACACACCGGACUCAGACCAGAAUCGCCUCAGUACGGAAUCCCUUGGUCACACCGAUGCGCUCAAUAAUACGCUCGCCGAUGGGCCCACCAAUGAGUCCAAUGAGUCCGCAACAGCCCCCGAUCAGCCUGUUGCCGCUUCUUCCAGCGCUCAAGAUACCCCCGUGGGCCAACAACAGAUAAUGCCCUGGACUCAACAACAGAUUCCUGGUCUUUUUGAGGGUUCGAAUGUACUGCCAGACGAGGUGACUGCGUAUCAGCCUCUGCACCUCCAGGCAGACACACGCAUAAGGCUCCAAAUUGAUCCCUUGAUGAUCCAGAGUGUUGACUCUCCCCUCUCAGAACCAUUCUUGGCAAAUUUUGUUUUUUCCCCAUCGCCAGCCCUGCAAGUUUCAAUUCUCUCAGGAAUAGCUAUGAUCUAUCAAAGGACGAUGGUAGGGCUCCUACAGGCUGUGGGUAAACUCAUCAAUAUGGGGGGCCUCAAGGUUCGGCGUUUCCUGGGCAAUUUUGGAGGGCGGUAUCAGGAAAUACGCACCGAUACAGCACUGUGUCAUUACCGACAAGGAUUGGCUUUGGGUAUACUGUACGCUUGA